AAUAGUUAGUUUUCGUCUUUUGCCAUAAGGAUUUACAAUAUAUUGAUUAAAAGUACGUAGUCCCGCCAAACUUGGUACGUGGCUACCUGAAAUCGUACGUGUUGCUCCAGACUUGAAGUAAGCUUACAGGCUAAAUUUCGAACUGACAAGUAAGACGCUAUGGUCAUGAUGUGCCCUCAGGAUUUUUCACCGCUUGGUUCUUCUUUAGUAUAUCGUUUCUUAAUUGCUUGUUCGUUAAGGAUACGGUGCAACUAUAAAUACGAAGACGCUGGGUGUGUAAUUUUGCAUGCGGCAAAACAUUGAAGAUCAUGAAUACAAGAGCUUUUGUAGUGUGGUGUGUUUUGUUAGCGGCUGUUUUAGCCGCCACAGCUGUUGCUUCCGUCGAUGACGCAAAACAAGGUUAGAGUCGUACACAAUUGGCUCAUUUUCUUCUUUAUGCGUAUCAAUAUGAUAUGUUUGACGGGUUUUUUUUCUCACAUUAUAAAGCUGGUGCAAACCAAGUAGACGAGUUAAAGUCAUCAUGUAAGUACGGGAACUGUGAACAUGGUGGAGAGAUUUCUUUCGAAGAAGCACAUAACGCUAAGAAUGAGCUCAACCAAGGAAUAGGUGGUUUCGAUGAAGUCAUUGGCGGGAAAGAGGAUGAAUCCAAAUACAACCAAGGCGGACAAAAGGGAGGCGGUGGAGGUGGCCAAGGAGGACAGAAGGGCCGCGGAGGAGGUGGCCAAGGAGGACAGAAGGGAGGUGGAGGAGGUGGCCAAGGAGGACAGAAGGGAGGCGGUGGUGGUGGCCAAGGAGGACACAAGAGAGGCGGUGGUAGUGGCCAAGGAGGACAGGGUGGACACAAAGGAGGAGGCGGGGGUGGUGGCCAGGGAGGACGCAAAGGAGGAGGCGGCGGCGGUGGCCAGGGAGGACACAAAGGAGGAGGCGGCGGUGGUGGCCAGGGAGGACACAAAGGAGGAGGCGGAGGGGGUCACGGACAAGGAGGUAGGGGCAGCGGAGGAGGUGGAGGUGGUAGUGGACGAGGAGGCGACGGCGGAAUGUAGAUCUAUCUGCCAAUAAAUAGGAAGUGUUUUUAUCUUGGAGCGCAAGGUAUUAUGUAUCUUAAACAACAAUAAAGUUAUAUGUAACAGUGUGC